AUGAAACAAAUUUUAUCAAAUUUACCUGAUAAUUUCUUAACAGAACCUCGAUCUUCAUAACAAUCAUGUCAUAUUAUUAAAUCAAAACCUUUAAUUACUUAUACACCUUUACAAGUUAAUAAACCUUAAAAUUUGAUUCAAUCAUUAAAUGGGUUAUGCAAGUACUUUAAUAAAAAGGAUGAAAUGAAAUAGAUUACUUAUUUUGCUCCUAAAAGUGUCUAGAGAUCUUCAGCAUCAUUAUCUCCUAGAUAAAUCAUAACAAGUAGCAUCUCAGAUAAUAGUCCUGUAUUAGUUAAACAGCUUCUUUGUAGUUAAAAAUAUCUAAAAGAAAAUCUCAAACCUAAAGAUGAGAAUACCAUCACAGAAUUCAAAUCUGUAACUAAAUUAUUAUUAUCUUUCUUAGGAUUAAAAAUUAAUCAAAGUUAAUGAUAGUAGUCAUAAAAGAAGUAUGGGAAGAUUUGCAAAAAAUUAGAAAUCCAGAAAUACUUCUGUUUAAUAUCAUGAAGAUUGGAAAUUAAAAUAUGAAGAUCUAUAAGAAAGCUUAUGCUAACGUAUUUAAUAAUUAGAAAAUGAACUUGAAGAAAUGGAAAAGAAUAGAAAAAUUGAUAGAAUGCAUUCUGAUGAAUAAACAAAUCAAUACAUUGAAUAAUUACAAUCUAUUAUAGCUGAUAAAGAUCAAGUUAUUUAUCAAAUGGAAUAAAAAAAUUAGGAAUUACAAACUAUCAUUCAAAAAUAAUAAGAAGAAUUUUCAAGAUGUCGUUUAGAUAAACCUCACUUUUUUGAUAAUCUCGAAAUCAAACGAUUAUAAUUAGUAGAUUAACAAUUUCAAAAAUUAAAAGGAUAAUUACCUGUUUUAGCUUGUACAAUUCGAAAUAUAGAAUAAAUAUUAGAUACAUCACAAGCAUAAUAAUAAUUAAAUAAUUUAUCUUUAUCUUCAGUUUCUGUAGUUGAAAUGAUAAAUGAAAUGAAUCAAGGAAUAGGACUUAAUAUUGUUUAAAGCUCAAAUCGGAAUAAUGAGUAAUUGAUUCACAAUAUUUCUGACAAUAAAUCAGUUAAUUUAAAUGAUAUAUUAUCCAGAAAAAAACUCUGA